AUGGCUACACGUGCGGAGUAUGUUCAGAAGCUUAUCGUCUCGAACUUUGGGCCUUCUGAUACGCAGUUUGGUCCGCAAGGAUUGUCUGCAUGUGGAUAUACUUAUGGUGAAACUGUACAUCUGAACGGAUAUACUUAUGGUGAAACUGUACAUCUGAAUGGAUAUACUUAUGGUGGAACUGUACAUCUGAGUGGAUAUACUUAUGGUGAAACUGUACAUCUGAGUGGAUAUACUUAUGAUGAAACUGUACAUCUGAGUGGAUAUACUUAUGGUGAAACUUUACAUCUGAACGGAUAUACUUAUGGUGAAACUGUACAUUUGAGUGGAUAUACUUAUGGUGAAGCUGUACAUCUGAAGGUAAAAACUUAUGGUGAAACUGUACAUCUGAGUGGAUAUACUUAUGGUGAAACUAUACAUCUGAACGGAUAUACUUAUGGUGAAGCUGUACAUUUGAACGGAUAUACUUAUGGUGAAGCUGUACAUCUGAACGGAUAUACUUAUGGUGAAACUGUACAUCUGAACGGAUAUACUUAUGGUGAAACUGUACAUCUGAACGGAUAUACUUAUGGUGAAACUGUACAUUUGACUGGAUAUACUUAUGGUGAAACUGUACAUCUGAACGGAUAUACAUAUGGUGAAACUUUACAUCUGAGUGGAUAUACUUAUGGUGAAACUGUACAUCUGAACGGAUAUACAUAUGGUGAAACUGUACAUUUUAGUGGAUAUACUUAUGAUAUACAUAUGGUGAAACUGUACAUUUUAGUGGAUAUACUUAUGGUGAAACUGUACAUCUGA